CUGGUUGAGACAACAGAGGGGUGGGGCAGGCUGCAGUGAGAACUGCAUGGGGCUUUCAAGACAGAGCCAGCCCCUGGGUGACUCAUCCCCACCCCAGCGCACCUGUCUAGGGGUCUCUCAUAAAGAGGAAGAGGAAGAGGUAAAGCUGGCUGAGGUAAGAAAAGCCACAAGGGCAGCCUUCUCUGGAACAACCUCCGUGCUUCUUCCCAGUUUGAACAGACGUGGCACUUGGUGGAUUAGCUGAAAUGGAUCGCUACAGAUAUUUCAUCUUCAAUCAGAAAAGUAUGGUUCUGUUGGGGCUCCUCCAGAUAGCUUGUGCUACAGUUUGUAUCAUCGGUGGAUUAAUCGAUGGUGCUUUCAGAAAGGACUCGGCACUGAGCAAAUCUAGGAUACCCAUCUGGGCUGGAGUGUUUAUGGCUAUUCCUGGAAUUAUGGCUUUGUUUUCUUCACUGAGAAAGAAUCCUGUUUUGGUGAAUGCAAUGAUAAUUGCUUCUGUAUUUUCCUGCUUCGUCACUCUACUUGUAAUCAUCUAUACGUCUAUAACAUUAGAGUAUGGUGAAAAAUAUGAAGAGUUUGACGAUGUGUCCUCUUAUCAUCACCCAGCCGUUGCAUUUGUGCUUGGUAAACUUGUAGAAGGAGCCAACAUCACACUUCUGAUUACAUCGCUUUUCAGUGCUUUUAUUGUGCUGAUUAUUGCUUAUUUGAGUUGCCGAAGUCUUCCAUGUUGUUCAUGCUAUGACAGUGUCACUGGACUUGAACGGCUAGAAUCUAAUGAAGACCAGCUACAAAUUGCAGAAUUAGUUUGCAUUCCAUCCGGUCAAGUGGAUACAAUUUUUAACUCUCCUGUAAAACUUUCAGAUUUAGAUAUGGAAGCUGAUGAUGAUAUGCCCAAACCACCUCCGUAUAUCAGGAUGACUUAAAUAUAAAUUCUAUGAGAAUAAGUUUUUUUAAAGCUCUUUAUAACUUAAGAAUGUUGAUGAGACGUUUGUACAAUUCUUAAAAGUUAAGAAAUGACUGACCACUCUGAAGAGAUCCUCAGAAUUUCAAGACUGGUGACCUAUUUUCUGUACAGUUAAUAAACUUAAUUCUAUUUUCAUAAAUUUUAA